ACGCCGCCUGUGUUUCUCAUGCCUUAACGCCGGACAUGGAACUUGUAAUUGCCAACGGCAAAAGCCAUGUGCCACAGAAGGGUGCGCAAGAAUGCACCAUAAAUUACUCCACGAAAGCGGAUGUAGGGCCAACAAUGUGGCCGCACAGAUUCACCAUCGUAAUAUGAGCAUGCCAAUAGCCGAACGCUCCUCGCAUACUCAAGGUUCAACGUAUUUACAACAACCAAGUGAUGCGGAUGCCGUAGUUCUCAGUUGCAGCCGCGGUUCCGCUGACAGCAAGCUAUUAUUUAGAAUUUUGCAAGUCGUGUUGUACAACAAACAAAAGCGCGUUGAAACAUAUGCCCUAAUGGACGAAGGUUCGUCGAUCAGUCGAUGGCAGUGAACAGCAACUGAAUUUGCAAUGGUUCGGAGGCCGCGUGGCGCAGGAACCAGCCGUGGUAGUAGACUUGUUGGUCAGCGGCGCUGGCAUGCAGAAGCGAUAUAAAUUGCGAAGAGUUUAUGGAGUAUCGAAUUUGCAGCUGCCAUCGCAAAGCCUAAGUAAAGCGGAGUUGAGCUGUGAUGACACUCACGUAAGUAAGUUGCCAAUACAAACGUACUCACAGGUCCGCCCUAAGUUGUUAAUCGGACUGGAUCAUUGCCAUCUUGGUCUACCCUCGGCCACUUUGAAAAUUAAUAUGAAUGGUCCGUUUGCAGCGAGCACUGAGUUAGGUUGGGUGGUGUAUGGCCCAACUACAAACAAACAACGGUCGUUGCCGACAUGCGUGCAUGUGAACAAUCAGAGUGAGCAGUCAUUGCAUAACUUAAUGGCUGAUUACUUUGACACCGAAAGCUUUGGGAUAAGGCCAUCACCCCCCAUCGAAAGUGAGGCUGAUGCUCGUGCGAAGAGAAUUCUCGAGAAGACUACAUUCCGCGUCGAUGGGAGAUUUCAGACGGGUCUUUUGUGGAAGCAUGACAAGGUUGAGCUUCCUGAUAGCUAUCCCAUGGCGCUGCGGAGGCUUAGAGGUAUCGAAAAAUAAUGAGUCGCGAUGGUGCGUUCGCUAAUGAAUAUAAACGCAUCAUAGAGUCCUACAUAGCUAAGGGUUAUGCGCGUAAGCUGUCACCAGCAGAUGCUGCCUUGUCGUUGUCGAGAACCUCGUACUUGCCACACUUCACCCUUGCCAACCCUAAUAAGCAGGGCAAGUUGCGAUUGGUUUUUGACGCAGCUGCUGAGGUGGGGGGUAUUUCACUCAAUACGCAUCAACUAAAGGGACCACAGGACUACAAGUCGUUGCCGUCCAUUAUCUUCCCCUUCCGCGAAGGUGCAGUUGCGGUGUGUGCGGACGUGAGAGAAAUGUUCCACCAAAUAUUGGUACGGCGGCAAGAUACAUGCGCUCAACGGUUUCUGUGGCGAGGAGGUGAUGCUACGAGGAAGCCAGAAGUCUUCGAAAUGUGCGUAAUGACAUUUGGUGAUGCAUGUUCGCCAUGUUCUGUCCACUACGUCCGAACCGUCAACGCGUUAGAACACCGGAAUGGAAACG